AUGGGUAAUGACGGUGGAAGCAUUCCGACCCGCCGUGAGCUCGUUCGCGAAGCCGCCCGCGCCCCAACCACAGCGCAAAUCAAAGAAGUCCAGCGUGAGCAGCAAGAGCACAGCUGGACCACAUGUCCCCUCUCGCACAAGACACUAGUCCGGCCCAUAGUCUCCGACAGCAUUGGAAACCUCUACAACAAAGAUGCCGUUCUUCGGUACCUGCUUCCCGGCGACGAUGGCGAGGGCAUCAGCUCAAAAUCCGACUGCGAGGAGAUCCUAUGCGGACGGGUGAAAAGUCUUCGGGACAUCGUCGAGCUGCACUUCGAAGUGGACACCGAGCGGAGCGAGCACCCCUCCGAUCGCGUGAAUGCGCAUCGCCAUGAGCGCCGGGAAGGCUGGAUCUGCCCGAUUACUGCGAAGCCGUUGGGUCCGAGUGUGAAGUCGGUUUAUCUUGUGCCAUGUGGGCAUGUCUUCGCUGAGGAAGCUAUGCGUCAGCUGAAGGGUGACAAAUGUCUUCAGUGCAACGAAUCUUAUACCGAAGAGAACAUCAUCCCCAUUCUACCCACCAAAGAGGCCGAUAAAGAGCGACUGAUCGCGCGCGGUGCCAGACUCGCCGAACAAAAUCUCACUCAUUCCCUCAAGAAAGCGCCGGGGUCGAAGAAGCGCAAGAAGAAUGCUACCGAGGCCGCCGUCGACGGUACAACAUCCUCUGCCACAGCUGCAGACUCCACAUCGACAUCCAAAUCCAAAGAUACGAAUAGCGGAAUCAAAAAUUCAGCGACGGCCUCGCUCACAGCACGUGUGCUAAACGAAGAGAACGAAAGGAAGAAGAGACAGAAAAUGAUGGGCCGGAGUGAGAGUAUCGAUAGUUUGUUCACAAAGGACAAGAAGGGUGGUGGAAAUGGCGACUUUAUGACUCGUGGGUUUACUAUUCCGGCUUCGGCGAGGAGAUGA